AAACAUAAUAUAUUAUUGCACAAAUUUGUAGACCCAAUAUCCUCUAGCAAGACCCAACCACCACCACCAAAGCCUUGUCUUCAGUCAUGGCUACCACCACAGCUGCCACCGUGUCACAUUUUUUCGGGACCCGUAUCCAAAACUUUAACCAAGGCUCCGGCAGAAUCCAAGCUAGGUUUGGCUUUGGAUUUGGAACCAAGAAAGCACCACCACAACCAAAAAAGGCCGCCCCGAAACCACCAUCAGACCGUCUCGUUUGGUUCCCCGGCGCGAACCCACCGGAAUGGCUCGACGGGACAAUGAUCGGAGACCGAGGGUUCGACCCUUUCGGGUUUGGCAAACCGGCUGAAUACUUGCAGUUUGAUUUGGACUCGUUAGACCAGAACUUAGCCAAGAAUGAGGCUGGUGAUAUCAUAGGGGUGAUUAACGAGACGGCUGAGCUGAAACCGACGCCGUUUCAGCCGUACACAGAGGUAUUCGGGUUGCAAAGGUUUAGAGAGUGCGAGCUGAUUCAUGGGAGAUGGGCAAUGUUGGGUACUCUUGGUGCUAUCGCUGUUGAGGCAAUCACCGGAGUUGCAUGGCAAGACGCAGGAAAGGUAGAGUUAGUGGAAGGAUCCUCGUACCUUGGGCAACCACUUCCAUUUUUGAGCACAUUGAUAUGGAUUGAGGUAUUGGUGAUCGGUUACAUUGAGUUCCAAAGGAAUGCAGAGCUUGACCCUGAGAAGAGGCUCUACCCCGGUGGCUACUUUGACCCACUUGGCUUAGCCUCCGACACCGAGAAGUUCGAUACACUCAAGCUGGCCGAGAUCAAGCAUUCCAGACUCGCCAUGGUUGCUUUCCUCAUCUUUGGGAUCCAAGCUGCUGUCACCGGAAAGGGUCCUAUUAGCUUCAUUGCUUCCUUCAACACUUGAUCAUCUCAUUCUAUUAUGGAUAUAAUGCUACGUUCUUGUCAAACACAGGCAGAAACAACAAAAAAAACCAACUACUUUUAUCAUUG